AUGUCACAGCACUCAUAUGCACAUCCCCACCCCGACAUCGUAGUCACUAAACCUGAAGAAACAGAACAAUUAAAGGAAGACAACUGGGAUAAAGGAGACAUCUUCUUCACAAGUGUUGAUGAUGCAAAUGAUUGCAUCACCAUUGAAGUGCCCUGUGAAGAUCAAGUUGUGGAAGAAGUUAUACCUGUCAGUACGGAUAUGGACUUUAAGUCUCUAACUAAUAAUAGUUCAGAAAUAAUGUUAGAAUGUGACAUGAAGUUAUUGUCACCAAUGAGUUUAUCCCCAAAAUCAGAAGAGAAUUUACUAGGAUUGUCACCAUCACACACAAUUCUCAGUUCAGAUUUAGGUUAUGAGUCAUUGGCAUCUCCGUUCAGUGAACCAGAAUCUAUGGACUUGUCAGACUUUUGGUGUGAAUCAUUUUCAGAAUUGUUUCCUGGCUUAACAUAA